AUGGCGCAACCUGAGCCUUUGACCGUCGAGCAAGCCGCCGGCAUCAGCGCCUUCAUCCAAGAGCUCUCCAUCAAGGCUGAAGGUGGCAAGCCGGCCGAUGAGGAGACUCUCGCUCUUCGCAUGCUAGCGGCUGAGCACGCGUCGCCCGACUAUGACCUCUCCAAGAUUCACUCGUCAAGCCUUGGUAGCGACGGUCCCGUCGCUGCGUCUGCCGACGGAGAUGACAAGUUCGACAAGCUCGCGGCCUUGAUGAUGGGCGACACCAAGCCCCCCGCGGAGCAGGUGGCCAACGGCCAGGUGCCCAAGCCACCUCCGGUCGUCCUUCUGCCAGACUACAGUGACGCUUCACUUGCAAGCAACUACGCCACCCUUCAAGAUGCCAACUCUGUGAUCCAGCUGUACUCCAACCUCAUGCAGGUUCAACAGAAGCCCGAUGGCUUCGACAUCACAAAGGACGCACCUGCGGCCUUCAACUUCCAGGCACAGACGGCCUAUAACGCCAUGUCCGGUCCCCUGGCCGGCUUUUUCAACUUUGACACCGGCCGCAGCCAGACAAUCAGCAACACGGUCAACAAGAGCGACAUUCACAACUUCUUUAUCGGCACGGUUUUUGGCAACUUCGGGUUCUCCCCGGAGACCAAGAAACAGCUCGACGACCAGCUGACCUCGUUUGUCGAUGCUCUGUCAAAGAUUGCUCCUGGCAAUGCAGCCAACAUUGUCUUCUCGCUUCGUCUCUGCAUGGUCCCCAGGACGAAUGUGACUGGAGAUACGGACAACCCGACCUACAUCUACCAGCCUCAAAUCUUCCUCCUGCGAAUGGCGUUUGACGCCAACACGUUCUACCAGAGCACCAGCAAGAACAGCGGCGUCGACAAGAUCAACUUCAACUUCACCCUGACUGUUACCAAGUUCUCCCUGAAUGUGAGGAAGUUUGAACAGAACAGAACCAGGUUCGACCAGAUGUUCCAGCUUGUGACCAACAACAAUCUCGAUCUCUCGACCUACAGCAAGCAACUCAACAAGCAGGUGCAGACCAACGAGUCUAACCCUGGUGCUGGCAAAUAA